AUGAAUUUCAACGCUACUUUCAAUGCGCUACGGGUAAUAUACAACCACAGCCUGUGCAUCCCAAGGCUUCGUAUUGCUACGUUUAAUCAAUUACCAAUACCGAUAAAACCUCACAUAAAAGUGGUUGUGGUUGAUAAGGACAACUGCAUGGCUCUACAGGAUGAUGACAAAGUAUGGCACGAGUACACCGCGAAAUGGGAGGAGUUGAAGAGAGUUUACCAGGAUCGCGUGCUGAUAGUGAGCAACAGUGCAGGUUCUUCGGAUGACAAGGGCUACCUUCAAGCGAAGACGUUGGAGAAGAACACUGGUGUUCCUGUGCUUCGACAUAAGCUGAAAAAACCAGGUUGCAGAGACGAGAUUAUUGAAUAUUUCAAAGAAAGAGGCCUGAUUGAAAAACCUGACGAAAUCGCAGUUAUUGGAGACAGAUUGUUUACAGAUAUACUGAUGGCAAAUAUGAUGGGUUCUUAUGGCGUGUGGAUAGAAGAUGGUGUGAAAAUUAGCAAUAGUGCCUUCAGUAAGUUAGAGAAAAACUUGUACACCAGGUGGACUAAGAACUAA